UGUGCAUUUCAAAGAGAUCCAAGCGAUAUUGAUAUGGCAGAUGCGGCAAUCUCAUCUGUGGUGAAGCUGCUCGGCAAUCUGCUGAUCAAGAAGGUGAUCUCCCUGCGAGGCGUGGAGGGAAAGGUGCGGUUGCUGAAAGACGAGCUGAAAUCGAUGCAAUCUUUUUUACGAGACGCUAACAGAAGGGAAGCAAAAGAGGAAAGAGUGCGCGAUUGGAUAAGGGAGCUCAGAGAAAUAGCUUUCGAUGCCGAAGACACCAUCGAAAUGUUCCUCAUCAAUGUCGAGAACGUCAAGAGCAGAGGUCUUCCCAUAAGAUUCACUAGCUUCCCGAAGCGCAUGCACCACCUCGACCAAAUUGGGGAUGAGAUCGAUUCGAUCCGAGCUAGGCUUGUCACGAUUCACAAAAGACGCGUUGAGUACGAGAUACAGAUCAUCGAGGCUGGGAUUCCGCAAGUUGAAUUGCGGCGGCGGUUGUGUCCUUGGCAAAAGGAUGAACAUUUGGUUGGCACGGAAGAUGCAGUGAAGAAGGUGCUGCGAAAAUCGAUUCUGGAUAAGGAGAAGAGAGGGCUUUCGGUUGCGGUUAUACAAGGCAUGGGCGGGAUCGGUAAAUCCACACUUGCUCGGGAGAUAUACAACCACCCCGAAGUCGUUCGCGGUCCAUUUUAUCGGCGAGGUUGGGUUGUGGUGUCGAGUGAAUUUACUCCACAAGAGACGACCAAGCAAAUCAUAUUGCAGCUGUCCAGAUCGGAGGAGGAGAAAAACAUACUGCAUAAAAAUAUCCAGAAAUUGGAGCAGUCAAUGAAGGAUAAGCAAUAUCUCCUACUGAAGCUUAAAGAAAUGCUUUACAAACAACUGGAGGGAACAAAUUAUUUCAUAGUUAUGGACGACGUGUGGGAGCAACAACAUUGGGAUUCUUUCGACGGUGCUUUCCCCAAUCAACAAGAUCAAACAAGUAGAUUAAUUCUCACAACUCGCAACAAAAUUAUUACAAAGCACGAUCAAUAUGAGCAUAAGAUGAAGCUUCUAGACUCCGAGAAAAGUUGGGAAUUAUUCUUGAAAAAAGCAUUCAUUAACAGCACCAUUGGCACGUGUCCAGAAGAAUUACAGAGUAUAGGAAGACAAAUCUUGAAAAAAUGCAAUGGUCUGCCAUUGGCAAUAAGUGUGAUAGGAGGCUUACUUGCUGGUGCUCAAGAUGAGAGCAGAUGGCAACAAGUUCUCGACCAAAUAGAUUCCGAUAUCCCCGAAAACAAUAUACCAAAUAUUUUGGGGCUGAGUUAUCAGAAUUUAUCUCCCCAAUUGAAAUCAUGCUUCUUAUGUCUAGCCUUUUUCAAAGAAGACUCUACUAUCCCUUCAAAUGAGGUAGCAAGAAUAUGGCGUGCACGGGGCUUGAUCCAGAAGAAAGGAAAUAGAAGUAUUGAGGAUAUUGGAAGAGGUUAUCUGAAUGAGUUGAUCAAUCGAAGCAUGCUUCAAAUUCAGGAUCUAACCGUCGAUGGUCGAGUCAAAAGUUUUCGUCUCCAUGAUCUUCUUCGCGAUGUAUGCUUAAGCAAAGCUGAGGAGGAAAUGGGUGUGAAGAUUGUGAAGGGAGGGGAGGGAGGAUGUUCAUAUAAACCUCGUCAUCUUGUCUACAACAAAUCAUUUGAAAGUUUCUCCUCAAAUGAGAAUAAGUAUCUUCACUCUGUCUUCCUCUUUAAUGUAGGGUAUAUUGGUGUGGAUAUUUCAUCUCGUGAAUGGAAGAACUUUCAACUCCUUAAGAUACUCUAUCUUGAUGGUUUUUGGUUUAAGAAAUUUCCAAACUCUUUUCGGGGCUUGGUUGGAUUGAAGUACUUGAGAAUAGAUACAUAUCGGAGUAGGGUUUAUUUGAAGCUCCCAAGCUGGUUUAGUGAGUUUAAAAAACUCGAGUUUCUUUAUGUGGAAUAUGUAGAGUUCGGAGGUGUUGCACUGAAAAUGGAAAGCUUGCGUGACUUCGGUGCACGUAGUGUACGCGGCAGAGCCAUGAAAGUAGAGAACUGGAAAAGAAUAGAGAGUCUGAAGGGUAUCAGGCUACUGGAUUGGGUGGGGAUGAGCUCGGGACUACCGCCUGAUUCCGAUAUUCGUGAAUUGGGCAUAAAUAUAGAGACUGGCAAGGAAGAUAAUGCUGAUUUGGUAAUCAGGGGAAGUGAGUCGCUGCGAAAGAUGACGAAUCUUGUGAAACUACGCCUAACAUACGAAUAUUUUUUGCAGCAUGACUCUUGUACAUUUCGAAAAUUCAUUUCCAAUCUCAAGAAUCUCACGUCGCUUACACUUAUAGGGAAUAAACACGUUUCAAAAUGUCCAGCUGCGAGCGUGUUCCCUCCCAAUCUCACUCACCUAACGCUGUCGAAAAUGAUGAAUGUUUCGAUGGAAGAGUUGGGUAAGCUACCAAAGCUACAAUAUCUCACCAUAAAGCACUGGAAGAUUUCUGGCAGCUUAUACUGGAUGGAGAUAUUUCAUGGCCAGUAUCCCUGCCUCAAGGCCCUCUCCCUCAAAAAUAUAUCUCGUUUGGUUUGUAUCAUCAUAAAGGAAGGUGGAAUGCCGUGCCUUGAACAAAUCCGGAUCCGUGAAUGCCCGAAUCUGUGGCAUCUGCCCAAACACAUCAUCAUCCACAGGUUCUGACAGAGAAACAAAGUGGAGUUCGAGUGAUGGGUUCAACAACAAGACUCGAGGUGUCUUCUGGUUUAUUAUGUUUCAGUUUUUUUGUAGUUUAAUGUUGAUUGUGUUUGGAUAUAUUAUUUGCAUGAACCUCAUGUCUUGUGCUUUUUAUUCUAAGGAUACCGAUGGAUCUUUGUUUGUAAUAAUCAGUUAGGCAAUUGUGUUGCUUGUAUAUAUGAUUAUGG